AUGAAUAUUGCCUUCUUUUCUUCAUUUCUUCGGCUUGUUGAAGAUAUGAUAGUUGACCAGUUUUUCCUCAGACACUUUACUUCCUCUCCGCUUGCUUUCUUCCACGGUUCUGUUGUUUGUAUUCUCGCUUCCAAGCGUUUUCAGUCAGUUCUGCUCCAUUUGAGUUUUACACACCUUGGUCAUUUAGAUCACAUAUGUUCCAGCUUAUUACAUGUAAAUCAUUACAGUUUGUGGAAAUUCCUUAGUAUUAAACUGUUUGAUUUGGCAGUGAGUACUUUGUGUGUUCACUACUUCAUGUCUCAGGGGAAAAUCUGUCCACAUAUAAAUUUGAAUCAGGUCGAAGCGGAUCUGCCAUUUCUGUUGGUAUUUGGUGUGUCAUGUAAUAUUGUUCCUCGAAAUUACUUGUUAGCAGCAAGAUUUAUGAGGAUUUUUUAUUUCGUAUGGAAUGAAUUUGGAUUGAAAAAUUUUCUGUUGCAUUUUUCCAAACAAGGUGGGAUGCGCUUGUAUUCUAAGUGCGCAUGGCGAUAUGGAAAAAUAUUAUUAAAUCCUAACAGAAAAGGCUUUCAGCAAUAUUCUCUUGUUGCUCAAUGCUGGAUUUUAUUUUGGGCGUGGGCUACUUACGCUGAACACGCAAUAACUAAAUCUAAAGAAAAUGGAUGUACAAACACUAUUGUAAUAAAAAAAAUUUAUGACAUGUACUUUAAAUAG